GACGUACCGAGGCGGCCAAUGCGGCGGUAUCUACGUAUAGCCGGAAACAUUUCCCCACGUAGGAAAACCGGAAAACGUUGUGGUUGUGAUGGUAAAACUACACUAGCAUUAGUAUUCAGACGUAUUCCCAAAUGUAUGUUUAAAUAAACCAUUUACGGAACGAAACCGGAGUCAAUGUACUAGAAAACAGUGUUCAAGUAUAGUUCUUUAGUGUUACGAAUGGUAUGCAUAACUAAAGAGGCUUCUCGUUAGCUAAGUUAGCGAUCAGCUAACUGGCUAAGCUGUUUAUCACCAACAAGCAUAAAUGGUAAAAAUUUGACCCUAAAACGGCUGGAAAAGGUUCAUCCGAGGUCUUUUCAACAUGGAUGUCAGCAUUGCCGUGUCGCUGAUUCGAGGCCAGAUGGGUGCCGUGGUUGAGCGAGCAGUGAAUGUAGCGGUGGAGACGGUACUGGCUGAGAUGCUCAAAGUGGUCGGAGUCAAAUUUGAGGAGCUGAAAGCCCAAGUUGCGCUGAUGAAGAGGGACGUCAUGACGUUGCAGAGGGAAAAGGCCCAAAAAGAGAAGGAGACUGACAACAUUCGAGCCAAGCUGCGCUACACCGAGCUGAAGCUGAAGUACUACAGGCAAGGAGUGGAGGAGGAGCUGCAGCAGAGAGCCUCUGCCUCCACUCUGGUCCGCAUCCACCCGUCCACCUUUCUUCAAGCACAGAGAGGCGGUGCAGGUGUUACCUCCACCGACACCUCUCCAUCAUGCUCGACUACUCAGACCAGGACCUCUGAGGGACCACUGACAAGAAGCAAUCAAGAAUGCACCUCUCCACACAGCACGAGCAGGCAUGCAGUUAGAGUGCGCUGUCAUUCAGAUGUGGGAGUUUUGAGCUCCGACACGUCUGCCUCACUCUCUGUGAACACACUAUCAUCAGAAUCUUUGGACAGCAUUUUGUUCUGUCCCGCAGAGCAAGACACCGCACAGAGCAAGGAUCAGGAGGACGACUGUGAGUGGACUGUCACUCUGCAGCCACAUACAGAGGGUGUGGACGCCGCCGAGGUCCCUCCUACUGUCCAGGCCCUGACUUUGGACCCGAGCCAGCAGUCAGCCGCUGGCCCGUUGUCCCCUUAUGGUUCCACGCAGGCCGAUAGCUCCACUCUGACUUCCUCUGCUCCACAGGUGAAGCAGGAGGCCCAUGAGGAGGAGGAGGAGGAGGAGGAGGAGGUGAUCUGUAUCAAGGAGGAGCCAGAGAAGGAGCAGGAGGUGAUGGCCACCCUUCUGCUGGACUGCCAGGUUCAACAGGGUCAUCUUCCAGAGUCAGAGUCUCAAAGGUCAGGGACGGAGUGGUCGGGCCUUCCAACAAGCCAGAGAAAUCACACUGCAGCCUUCAGCUCAGCCCGACCAACCACCUAUCUGAUGCCUCAGCCGGUGGCCUCCCUGCAAUCGAUGGUGGCUUUGCCAUCUGGCAUCCCACCUCGCCAGGCGGUGCGGCCCUGGACUAAAGACCUCAGCCUUUAUGAAGAAUACAAACUGCGCAGGAAUGAGCUCCGGAGGCGAAGCAUCAACAAACGCAGAGAGCUGGAGAAGACGCUGCCUCAGCCGCUGCUGGCAGAUCUGGUGCGAGAGCGUCGAGAGAAGACCAGACUGAGGGUGGCCAGAUGGAGGGCAAAACGGAAACUCCAGGCCUGUAUUAAUCAGACUCAGGCUCUAGGUGGCGCAGCAGGUCUUUCUCAAACUGGCUUUCCCAACAGCAGCCAGCAUCAGCAGCUCAGAGUGACUUGUGCUGCCACCUCGAACAGUCAGCAGAGACAGAGCUCAGCGCUGCCUCAGUCAGUCCUCAGCAACAUGUCAGCAGCAAACGGCAUCUCUGCCUCUCUCCCCUUCAUGCCCUCCACCUCUUCCUCCUCGUGUUUGCUCCCGAGAGGCCCAAACAUGGCUGCACAUCAACACACUGUGACAUCAUCCUCUUCCUACCCCCAGGUCAGCCUAUUGCAGCAGAGUAUUUCUCUGACAGACACAGAUAUCUUGCCGUGAGAUGUUUGAAAGUCAAGAGAGAUUUUUUUUUUUUUUUAAAGAAUGUGUUUUUCAAAAUCUGUAAUUUUUGGUGUUCAGGAAAGUUUAAUCAAACACAGAGUCAUUGAACUCUCAUUUACAACACAAUAACAGGAUAGCAUGUGCGCUAAAACGCUUUCUUUAUUGAGCAUGGAUGAGAAUGUUUAAAAGUCAUGAUGGAUCUUCAUCAGGUUAAACUUACAAGCACCUUAUCCCAUCAUAUAUGUGCAAACCCAAAAAUUGGAGCACCUGAUAUUGAUCUCCUUGUCUUUACUCUCAUUUUACAUCAGUUACACUUAACAUCCAAUAUAGUAGUUCAACAAAACAGCUACUGUAAACUCAUUCAAUCAAAUCAAAACACUUCAACAACAUUCCGAAUCUUAUACAAACCAAUUAUCUUAUAACACAGGAACAAUAUAAAUUAAAGCAGCUUUGGACGGGCCCUUGCACGUCGGAGUUACUGGCGGACGCCGCUCCUUGCGAUCGUGCAUUUGCGCGGCACUCAGACACUGCAAAUCGUCACCAACGAAAAGGGAACUCCAUGCGGAGUUCAAUGAUACCUCACACAGACUCUACGUCAUACAGUUCAUUAGCUGUGAAAGGGGCAUGGCUAAAGCAUAGGGGGCGGGCCAAACCAUGACCAAUGAAAAUGGAACUCUCUGCUUAGUUCACUGAUACCUCACACAAUAGUCUACAUCAAAUGAGAUUAGUUAUUAAAGGGGGGCGUGGCUUAAGCAUACGGGCAGGGCAAAAGGGGGUGUGGUCUGAGUAAGUGGGCAUGGUUAAAGUAUAGGGGGGCGUGGUCAAUGUACACUCAAGUUACACCCACUUCCUGUUUUGAUGCCCCCCCUACAGAAAGUUGGUCUUCUAUAACUCAAAAAGGCGAUUCAUUUGCCGGGAAAAAAAGAGAGAAGUUUCAAUAGGGCCUUCGCCGCUGUUGGCGUUCGGGCCCUAAUUAUUUAAUGUGUAUAUAUGUAGAUACAUUUUUUAAAAGUAAGUUAUCUUUAUCUCUCCAGUACAUGUAUUUUAAAGUGAAAUGUUUGUUUGAAAGAUAUUUCCAUUUAUCAUUAUUUAAUGUAUCAUUUUUGCACUUUGUUGUGGAGUUGAAAUGUGUAUGAGAGGAGGACACAAAGAAAUUACCUGAGAAUGAUUACUUUGACUUUAACUUAAAUGAGUUAUUUGCCAGAAACAUGUAAAAAAUAAAUUUUUAUAGUUUGGCCAGAAUAAACUGAAGAUUGACAAUCACCAGAUAAAAAUGAGAAGCCUGA